AUGUCGAAAAUUAACUGGGUGCCUACCGACCUAGAGCUACGGGAUGUCAAGGUGACCCCGGCGGAGGCCAUCACGGCGGUGGAUCGUGUACGCAAGACCCUCGUCCUCUUUAUCGCUUUCGGAAAGGGGUCUGAUGAAGUUAUCAAAGAUUAUGAGCUCCUGUACACGUCCAUGGCCACCGUCGUAGAUGACUGGUCUGACGAGGAGGGCCCUGGAGGGUCGGACGAUGAGAAUGAGGGAUAUGGCUUGCCCGCGGACCUGAGUCAGGGCUUUUCGGCCCCUCGACCUCAGCAUCCCGCGCUGCCGAGCAGGCCGUUUGUACCCCGUCUGCAAAACUGGCGCAUGAAUCUCUGCGGCCUCUCCCAGGUGUACGGCCUCUAUUUCGCCGCGUAUGGAUUCCUCGGUGACAUGGAGCUAGUUGUCACCGCCUGUGACAAUGGAGAUGUGAUUGCCUAUUACACGAGCGAAGUUGCGCGCUACAUCUCGGCAAUGAUGGUAGAUCCACAAAAGCAAGCCACCCCACCGUUGCCAUUCUUCCACGAAAACGUCGGGACAUCCGCCUGGGGCCUUGCUCUUCACGCAAAAACACGCUUGCUGGCUGUGAGCUCUAAUCGGCACGAAGUGACGGUGUUCGCAUUUGCCCUCAACCGCCUCACAAGGAGCUUCAGCAGUCUUGUGCGGCCACGAAUGAGGCCGGCCGAAGCCGCCGUGCUUUCCCGGAAGCGCGAUUGGAGGAUAAUGCUUCAUCUAGGGCGAUCUGGAAAUAAUAUUCCAAGCAUCGACUUUGUAAGUAACGACUCCGGGCAUGCAGAAAAAGUGUGUGCUGUCGAUAUAUCCGAGCAGUUUUGGCUCUUGGACAUCUGGCGUCCCUGCACAAGCCCCACCCUCCUUCGACCUCGGGACGUUCACUGGGGCCACAGGCAGAGCUACUGGGGCGUGCUCGCUUUACCCGACAGCAGCUUUCUCGAUGUUGGGACGCACAGCCCGCGCCAAGGUCUGGACGGAGAGGUGCGGAAUUGGAUGGUGGCGUUGGGGUUGAACAGACCCGUGAGGCCAGGCGGCACCAAACCUCUAUACUGGAUUGAUACUACGUCAUCCCUCGGCCGAGUCUUGAUGAGCUUAUCUUUUAACCCCGACCAAGAUGACUCUACCUUGGAGCAGUAUUCCCUUCGCAGUAGGGCGCAAGCGGACGGCCCAAUGGCUACGGGUCACCUCGAGUUUUACAACGCCGCUCUCUCUCAUAAUCAAGCCGAAUCUAUCGAAGGGGAUGGCGACGAGUCUUUGGUUGAUGAUAUUGAUGAUGAAGACGAAGACGACGACGACGACGAUGAAGAAGGUGGAGAUGAGGCGCCGGCCGGCGAGACGAACACGGGUGCAGGGGGCGAUGACGACUCCGACUCGAUAGAUAUGAUGGCCACCCAGCCCCCACCUGAUCCGCACACCUCUUUCUUGUACCAUACAAACGCCAACGGCCAGCUGACCUCACCAAUCGACACAGCAGCUUCUGCCCUGCUUAGUUCCGCCGUCUCGAACUUGGCAACGGUGAUGGAUCCUCCCGAUAUACCUCCACAAACGACAUAUGCCUCCCAUCAACAUCUUCCGCUGCUCCCCUAUCCACACUUGCCCCGGGAUGUGCAGACGCCGCGUUCUAGCGUCGGGGCCCCGUCUCGCAUGCGUAUGCUUUACAAACCGCACCUAGGCAAGACAUUUAAAGAGCCGCACACGUACUUUGAGAAAGACUUUUGGCUGAGGCGUAGAAGGGAGUACAACGAGGAAAAGAAGAAGCAAAAUCAAGCCGGAAUCGCAGCAAUUGCCGACAAUACCAGCUUCUUUGUCACGGGAAGCUACGAUAUACGGCUCCUAUCCACGGAUGCCGAUUUCAUUGAUCUUUAUUGCCAAGACCCCUUCAGGGGCCCCCGACUGCCUGGGACCUAUACUCACAUAUACCGUACCAACAUGAUCCUGCAUGUCCCCGAGUUAAACCUUGUUGUGGCUGGGAACCAAGCCGGGCGCGUAGCCCUGAUUAGCUUGAUCAAAUGUGCUUUUGCCCAACCGCGAGUGAGGGGCGAUCGGUGUUUCCGCGUCGACAUGCUACUUCCUACUCGGCGCGAGGAAGCAAAGCGCAAACUCCGACCCAACGUCCCCUCUUCGGGGUCGCAAUCGGGCCGGCGCCAGAAGUCGACGACGAUGUCAACUUGCGACUCAGAGCAAUUCGGCCGCAAAGGAUUCCCAACGACCGGCAGUACAGGCUAA